AUGGAAACAGUGGACCACCUCCUUGUCAAAUUCAGACAAGUCAAACAUAUUCUGCUACUCGCGUUAUGUCAAAAAAUGGACACAGGAAGAAAAGAAGCAUUCUGUUUUGCCGUUGAAUACCAUAAAGCAACGAUUCGUAUGUCCGAAAUGGUCAACGAGCCACUUGAAUUCGGCACGUUUGUGCACAUCUUUUUGACUGCUGGUUUACUGGGUUGUACAAGUUACAGGUUGAUUAAGAGUAUUUCUUUGGGAGGAAUGUGCCUAUUUGCUAGCUCUAUUCUGCUCUCCAUUGUUUUGUUGUGCUACUUCAGAGAAGGCCUGAUGAUGAUGGAAUGA